AAAAAGAAAAGAAUAUAAGAUGAUGAUGAGAACGAAGGUUAUGUUAGUUCUUUAUCUCAUGAUUCUUCUUCCUCUUGCUUUAGCUCAGCUAAAAGUAGGGUUUUACAGUGCUAGUUGUCCACGAGCUGAAUCCAUAGUUCAAGCCGCAGUCCGAAAACGGUUCGACACUGAUAAAUCCAUCACUGCUGCUUUGCUUCGCAUGCAUUUUCAUGAUUGCUUUGUCAGAGGAUGCGACGCAUCGAUUCUCAUAGAUUCAACAAGGCAAAACCAAUCGGAGAAAGUCGCCGGCCCCAACUUGACAGUACGAGGGUACGAGCUCAUCGACGAAGCAAAGAAAGCCCUCGAAUCGGUUUGCCCUUCCAAGGUCUCAUGCGCAGACAUUAUAGCGCUAGCCACCCGGGACUCCGUCGUCCUUUCCAGCGGACCGUUUUACGCCAUUCCAACGGGAAGAAGGGACGGUCGGGUCUCGAAUCCCAAUGAAGUUAACUUACCAGGCCCAUCAUUGCCGGUUGCACAGGCUUUCCAAUCAUUUAGGAAUAAAGGCAUGACAAUGGAUGAUAUGGUUACACUUCUAGGUGCUCACACAGUUGGUGUGGCUCAUUGUGUGUUUUUAUCGGGUCGGAUUACUGGGAGCGGUGACCCGACUAUGGACCCGGCUUUGGUGGCUAAGAUAAGGGGGAUUUGUGGUGCAGCAAAUGGUUCGAGCCCUGACCCUAGUGUAUUUCUGGACCAGGGCACUUCCUUCGGUUUUGAUAACGAAUUUUUCAGGCAGAUUCGUUUGAAGAGAGGAGUGUUGAAGAUAGACCAAGAAUUGGCUAAUGAUAGAUUAUCUAGGCGAAUCGUUUCGCGUUUUGCAUCAAAUGCUACUUUGUUUGCAAACAGGUUUGCUCAGGCCAUGGUGAAGAUGGGAAAUAUUGAAGUUCUUGUCGGGAAUGCUGGGGAAAUCAGGAAAAAUUGCAGAGUUUUUAAUUAAUCCCUAUUUUUUAAGUUUCUU